UACUAUCUGACAUGUCUUUGUUUUCCAUUCACUGAAGCCUUUGGAGUCAGUGAGCGAUGCUUUUCUGGUGUUUCUCUGCUUGAUAUUUCAUCAUUUCUGCUUGCAGAGCACACAGAGAGGACGUAAUGUUCAGGCCACAUGUGAGUGUGAAAGCUAUAGAGCGGCUCGGUCACAUCAAGAUGAAACCAGACUUCACUAUUUGGAAGAAACUGGCAGGUUUGCAGCGGCUUACAGGGAAAGUUCGGUGGAAGAGCAACACCAGACCCGCCCCCGUUUUGACGGCCGCUCCUGUCCGCGCCCUCGUUGACGAGCAGAUCGGCAUUAGAGGACACUUCCUGCCCCCACGCUGUCCCGUCACAGUGUAUGCAAGAAUGCACUGCGACGAGGGAGACCUAUGGGAGUCGUUCGCUCAUUAUAACACAGAUGAGAGUGGAACUUUUAGCUUAACUCGUGAUCCUUCAGUGGGAGGCUCCUAUUUGGGCUGCGAGCCGAUGGGACUCUUCUGGAGCAUGCAGCCAGCUCCUGGAGGAAGAGAAGGUUUAAGACUGAGGAAGAAGAAUGUGGAGAGUCCUUACCUGGUGCAUGUUUCUCUGCUGGAAGGCCACGUCUCAGCCAGCGAGGGGCAGCGCUCUGAGCUGGCAGCGGUGACUGCUGAACGGUGGUACAUCGCACCAGGAGUGAAGAGGGUAGAGAUUAAUCAAAACGGACUCAUAGGAACAUUGUUCAUACCACCUGGUCCAGGCCCGUUUCCAGCCAUGUUGGAUCUGUGGGGAAUGGGUGGAGGACUGCAGGAAUACCGCUCUUCUCUCCUUGCAUCCAGAGGCUAUGCUAGUUUUUGUCUUGCCUACUUUGGGCACAAAGAUCUGCCUGGCCCACCAAAUCGUAUGAACGUCGGGGAUUCAUAUUUUAAGGCUGCCUUCCUCCUGCUGCAGGAUCACCCUCAGGUCGUCUCAGACAGAGUCGGCAUCAUUGGCCUCUCCUUCGGAGGCUACCUGACGCUUCGCAUCGCCACCAAAACUGGAGUUAAACCAUCUUGUUUGGUUUGCAUCAACGGCCCUGUGGGUAGCAUGGUGUCACUCUUGAAUCCAGACGGCAGGACAGACGAGUUUGACAGUUCCCAGAAAUUUUGGAAUUUUGAUGAUGAGGGCUAUGUCAUUUUCAAAGACGUCUCUCUGCCUGGUAAUAUUCCUCCUGACAGGUUUGCUAAGGUGGAGAAGCUGGACUGUCCUCUGAUGUACAUAGUGGGUGAAGAUGACCUGAGUUCUGCAAGCAUUGAGAACGCAGAUCUGAUUGAGGAGAGGUUAAGGUUGGCUGGUAAAUCCCACCUGUUCACCCGCUUGUCCUACCCCGGCGCUGGUCACCUGAUUGAGCCGCCCUAUUCCCCGAGUGCAAGAGCAUCCAUGUGGUCCGUCAAACCCAAGAAAUUGAUCACGAUGUGGGGCGGUCAUCCUGCACCGCACGCUGCUGCCCAGGAAGAUGCAUGGAAGAAAAUGUUGGAUUAUUUGGAGAAAAAUCUGAGAAGCUGAAUAUCUGUAGAGAUGCUGGAUUUGAGAAAAUGGACAAGUUAAUUUAUUGCUAUGCAGAAAAUUGUAGAUCAUCCGCAAGAGAGAGCCGCUUAGUUUUAGCUGUCAUUCUAGUGCCAACCACUGGACACACAUAAGCGAGGAGGAAAUUCACAGCAGCAGCAAAGCUAUAAAUAUAUUAUGUUUUAUAAAACUCCUGUAGAAACUGAGCUGCUGCUGGACGAUGGUUUUUGAAAUAGUUUACAGACUUUGUGCCGUAUGAUCCAAAUACUGGGCAUUUAAUUUCAAGCAGCAAAGCUCAUAAACAACUGAACUGUGCAAAAUGUACCAAUUCCCCAAGCAGAAUAAAUCAUGUUAUGAAAAAUGUCAUAAUAUAAAAAAGAUUUAACAACAACCUGCUUUCUAAGUUGGUAAAAAAUACGAAUUAAUCAAGUCACACUAGUAGACAAACAGAGUCAGAUUUCCAGAU